AUGGCUAUUGUGGAUUCCAACUACAAUUACAUUUUUAUUGAUGUAGGGUCGUAUGGUAAAGAAUGUGAUUCAAAUAUUUUCAAAGAAACACAGUUUUGGAAAAAACUUGUUGACAAUACGUUAAACAUACCAUCCCCAUGCUCUAUAAUAAAUACUAACUAUAUAUUACCAUAUGUUUUUGUAGCUGAUGAAGCUUUCGCACUUCAUGCUAACGUACUUCGACCCUACGGUGGUAACGAACUCACAAAAGAACAAAAGAUAUUCAAUUAUCGCUUGACAAGGGCAAGAAGAUACGUCGAGUGUGCAUUUGGAAUAAUGGCCAACAAAUGGAGAAUUCUGCACCGAUCUUUAAACUUAAGUCUCGAUUUAACAGUUGCUAUUGUAAAAACUACUUGCGUUUUGCAAAAUUUUAUUCAUACAGAAGAAGGUCACGUUGAGCCUUUAAUCAAUCGAGACCGAUUAAAUAGUCGAUUUCAUUUAGAAGGCAAUAAUCUGACAGCAGACGAAAUUCCUGCAAUACACGUCCACACCAAACGCACAACAAAAACUACCUGGCUGGGCUGGCUCAACCCUACUACACCGCCCCCCGCCGAUCCGCAACAACGUUCGCCGCGUCGUGUCUUGCGCAGAUAA